AUGCUUGAUUUGGCAGAGUGUCGAGAUCAGCAAGAAAAUGAAAUCCUGGCUCUCGAGGCAAUCUAUUCCAAUGAUUUUACCUACACCGAAACUCCCAACUCAACCUCACGCUACAGAGGUGCUCUCUCGACAGAAAUAUCGUUGUCACAAGAAAUCUCAAUAUUUUUCGCUGGUGGAAUAAAUGCUGGAGAUCCACUCAAAGUUCGACAUUUGCCUCCGGUCAAAAUUGUUUUUUCAAUGCCGGCUGGGUAUCCUACUGACGAACCAUUGGAAUUUGCCAUAGAAUGUUGUUGGAUGCGUUGGGAUUGGAUAAAAAUGUUGGAGAGAAAAUUACACCAAAUAUGGGAGGAAGAAAAGGAUGUGGUUUUAUACAACUACUCGGAAUUUAUCAAGAAUAGCUCGUUAGAUUACUUGCAAGUGGAAUUCCCUUUGAAACUUGACGGUUUUCUCUUGCAAGUCAAAUGUCCCGAGCCAAGUUGUAAGUCGCAACACAAAACAGUCGAGGAGAUAGCCGAGAUAGUCGGAGCCGAAAUGGCAAAAAGAUACUCCGAUCUAUUGGAAAAACAAAGAUUAGAGGUCGAUCCAUUGUUAAGAAAGAUUCCGAUUUCGAAAAAUUAUGCGUGUGCACGAAAUGCACAUUCGCUUUCUGUUGGAUUUGUCAACGGACCUGCUACAAUUGCAACAAGGCAUGGUGCAAGCGUACCCUGCCCGGUGAACUUUACGAAAAGGCUAAUCCAAGAAUAUCUAGAAGCAGAUGAGACAAAAAAAGCAACGAUGGAGCUCCGCUAUGGUGCAAAAAACCUGGAAAAAUUGGUUCAUGAUGCAAACAUUAAUGCGGAAUUGGAGACAGAUAAAUGGAUGAAGUCAAACACGCAACCCUAUCCCGAUGAACCUUACCGUCAUUUUAAUGACAAAAAAUCUCCUUGUAAUCAAAGAUUAUUUGACGGAACUAACGUGGAUGAGUUAGACAUGCCCGAAGACUUUGUCUUUGUGUAA